CACGCUUCAAGAGCAGACUUCUGCCUGUACCUGUCAGUUGUGAUCCCAGCUAAACUCAUGCAUGUUUACCUUAAAUAUUAAGCUUAAUCAGGCUCUCGUCGGACAGGUGGGAGUAUCUUGAACUGUUAGCGAAAGCAUGGACAGCCAAGGGAGGAAGGUGGUGGUUUGUGACAAUGGGACGGGGUUUGUCAAGUGUGGCUUUGCUGGGUCCAACUUCCCCGAGCACAUUUUCCCAGCCAUGGUGGGACGGCCAAUCAUACGGUCAGCCACCAAAGUGGGCAACAUUGAGAUUAAGGACCUGAUGGUUGGGGAUGAAGCCAGCGAGUGCCGCUCCAUGCUGGAGGUGUCCUACCCCAUGGAGAACGGCAAGGUGCGAUGCUGGGAAGACAUGCUGCACCUGUGGGACUACACCUUUGGCCCAGAGCGUCUCAACAUCAGCCCAUCAGAAUGCAAGAUCUUGCUGACUGAGCCACCCAUGAAUCCCACCAAGAACAGAGAGAAAAUCGCUGAGGUCAUGUUUGAAAAGUACCAGUUUCAUGGGAUCUAUGUGGCGAUUCAGGCUGUGCUCACACUCUACGCCCAGGGUUUGCUUACUGGGGUGGUUGUAGACUCGGGAGACGGCGUAACCCACAUCUGCCCGGUUUACGAAGGCUACUCUCUACCCCACCUCACGCGCAGGUUGGACAUUGCAGGACGAGACAUCACGCGCUACCUCAUUAAGCUCCUGCUGCUGCGUGGCUAUGUCUUCAAUCACACGGCUGACUUUGAGACGGUGCGGAUGUUGAAGGAGAAGCUCUGCUACGUUGGAUACAACAUUGAACAAGAGCAGCGCCUGGCCCUGGAGACCACCUUCCUGGUAGAGUCCUAUAUGCUCCCCGAUGGCCGGCAGAUAAAUGUAGGUGGAGAGCGAUUUGGGGCUCCAGAAGCUCUUUUCCAGCCUCACCUCAUCAACGUGGAAGGAGCUGGCGUGGCCGAGCUGCUCUUCAACACCAUCCAGGCUGCAGACAUUGACCUCAGGGCUGACUUCUACAAGCACAUCGUCCUGUCAGGAGGGACCACCAUGUAUCCCGGCCUUCCCUCCAGGCUGGAAAGAGAGAUCAAGCAACUCUAUCUGGAGAGGGUGCUUGAUGGAGACACCGAGAAGCUAUCAAAAUUCAAGAUCCGAAUCGAGGACCCGCCCAGACGCAAGCACAUGGUGUUCCUGGGCGGAGCUGUGCUGGCCAACAUCAUGAAAGACAAGGACUCCUUCUGGCUCAGCCUGGAGGAGUACAGGGAGAAGGGCGUGGGCGUGCUGCAAAAGCUGGGAGGAGGAAUCCGAUGAAACAAUUACAACAGAACAGAUAGGGAGAAACCAAUGUAUGAACUAAUGCUAAUUUUGUUAUUUCAUCAAAAAGAUUGCCCAAUUAUUGCCUUUUCCUCUUCUCUGUUCAUAAAAACAGUCAGCUUGAUUCUACUGCUUCUUUGACCAUAAACACUGUAAAGCAAGCAAUCAACUGGAUUUUAUAAAUUUUAUUACUAAACCAGA